AUGGCAGCUGCUGCCACGGCCCAUAUCUUCGCUUCUGUUUUUCCUCCGCCAUCUGAAGUCCCUAUACCAACACCGACCAACACUCCGCUCCUGCCAUCUUCCAGCACUUUUGGGGAAGUCCUUCCACAGCGUCCCUCCUCAUCUCAUGAUCACCCAGGUCCCGGUGUGGCUGAACAGAUCAAAUGGGAUCGCGCUUGGCAUGUUGCCACUUUGUCUCUGUCUCUUACGGAUGAACCUAUUGACGUCUGCACUUCAGAGGGUGAAGAAUCGCUGAAAAAGAAAUGGUGGGCCAACGUUCCAGACACGGAGACGAGAAGGGCCGUGGAGUAUUUGCUAGACAAGGGUAAGAAAUUACGGAAAGAUGAGGAUCUGGUGCGAUGGUUCUUCGAAGUUCAGGUCGUUAGCCAUUUCAUCCGUGUCAUGCGGCCGCUACUUGGCUCAAUGUUAGACGAGAAAAUAAAGGGUCGUAAAACGGAAACUAUGGUGGAGGGACUAUUGGACGUGGGAAAAGGCCUUUAUCUAUGCCAAGCGAUCUAUCUUUACCCUGUCAAGAGAUAUAUGGAGAAGUUCCUGACUGCUUUUCACGUGCAAAGGCUAGAGAAGGAUCUACACGGCCUUUUUGUGCAAUGUUUACCAAAGGAACAAGUUGAAGCAUGUCUGAAGCAGUUUCUUUUGCAUCAAGCAUCAGUCGUUCUCGUUGUUGACAGGGCUCGCUAUGCCCCUAGAUAUACACAACAGAGAUCCUACGACCAGGAUUUGACAUUGAAGGAAAAGCAGAAAACGCUCACCUGGGUCAAAGCAUUGCAAGGAGUAGGACUUGGCGGGCACCAAGCGCAACGAGUUCUUGGUGAAGUCAUGAUUGAAAUUCUUGAUAGCCACGUGAGGACAAGCCUUUCGCGGCGAUGGGAUUCGCCAUCUCAUAGUGAACAGCGUUUGCGGCAUUGGGUCGCAAGCGAUUUCACGCUCUUCAUUGUUCAGAUUCUGGAGGCUAUGCACGAGGCUCCUUCAAUCGACCGCUCCAGACAAGAGCAAGAUGUUCACGUCGAUGUCCAGAAAUGGCAGGACAUGGCAAGUAGACGAUUAGGAGCCCUGAGGGCCGACGAGCUGUAUGAUGUGGUCCUGGAAUGGGACAGCAAGAUGCAAGGUAUUAUUCAAGAUCUCAAGGUCUACGUCAAGGAUUCGGACUCCAGAGCAUACCUCACAACGACUUUCUCCAAUGCUAUCAGUAGUAAAUUAUUGCAACCAAGCUCGGCGACCAGCGAUAUCCUACGGGUCUACAUUUCAACUAUACGAGUCUUCACCUUGCUCGAUCCUAGGGGCAUCCUUCUCGAUCGGAUCGCCAGACCCAUUCGAAGAUAUCUGCGGGAACGAGACGAUACUGUGCGCAUUGUGGUGAGUGGCUUACUCACAGACUCCACUCAGGGUACCAACGUGGACGGGGCCUUGAUUGAGCUUGCGUUUGAAAUGUCCAAGCAUGACAGCCAUGCAAGACCGGAUGAAGCGAAUGCUGACCUCGAUUUUGACGAUAUGGAAUGGAUGCCGGACCCUACUGAUACCGGACCAGAAUACAAGAAGCCUAAGCAUUCCGAUGUCAUUGCCUCUCUCAUCAGUCUUUUUGAGUCAAAGGACAUUUUUAUCAAGGAAUUUCAAAACAUUCUUGGUGAGAAUUUAUUGAAACGUGAGCAAGGUUUCGAGUCCGAAUUUCGGGUGCUCCAACUCUUGAAGAAUAGAUACGGCGAAGCAGCGCUUCAAGCUUGUGAGGUUAUGGUCCGAGACAUUGUAGAUUCAAUUCGCCUGGAUGCUGCCAUUCAGAAACACUCACUUCUUGAUUCCUCCGGAAGAUUCACCGGAUUGCGUUCCCACCAAGCCCCUUCACAGCUCUCGCCUCUCCACACAAGAGUACUUUCACAUCUGUACUGGCCAUCGCUUCAUUCUGACUCUUUCAACAUUCCACCUGAGAUCGAAGAAUUGCAGGAGGAAUACGCCAAAGGCUUCGAAAAGUUCAAGACGUCGCGCAAACUGACCUGGCUGAAUGUUCUUGGCCAAGUUACUGUGACCCUCGAUUUAGAAGACCGCACCGUCACAGAAGAAGUCCAAACCUGGCAAGCAAGUGUAAUCUACGCCUUUCAGCCGACUGAUGCCGAUGAUACCUCCACACCAAUCAUCCGCAGCGUUGCUGACCUUAUUGAGAAAUUAUCAAUGCCGGAAAACCUCGUCUUAAACGCGCUGACCUUCUGGGUCGGCAAACUCGUCCUCAAAUCCCUUCCAACGCCUCCCAAUCCUCUGCGUAGCUACGCCGUUCUUGAAACGCUUGCCAACGAAGCCGCCGCGCAAGAGGGUACCACUUCUGCCGCCAUAGCUAUAGCGGCGGAGACGGUGACUGCGGCUGUAGCACCUGCCGUCCUGAGCGAACACGAGGUGGCAAGGGAAAAGAUGGGGGUGUAUGCGCAGUAUGUGGUUGGCAUGCUUACGAAUGGGGGUGCGAUGCCGCUGCAGCAAAUCAUUACGAUGCUGGACAUGGCGCUUCCUGGAGGGUUCCCAUUUGGAAAUGAGGAGCUCAAGGCGUUCCUCGAGGAGGAGGUAAGGGAGGGGAGACUAGAUUUUGGUGGUGGUGCUUACAGAAUUAAGCGUUGA